AUGCUUCCUAGAAAUACGGCAAACCGACUUAAUCUUGCAGGCGAACCAAACAGGAGAAAGGAUAACGCUCUUCUGUUUAGACGUGCAGAAGCAAGCUGUGACAGCGAGAUUUUCAAGAGUAAACUAUCGCAACUCCCCCUGCGACUGUUCUCUGAGGAGGCUAGGAAGAGGGAGCCAUCGAAUAUCAAAGCCGUUGCCCGGGCGGCGGCGGCGUAA